AUGUCAACACUUUUGACUGAGAAUGACACAUCUGAUUCAGAAGAUUCAAGCUCGUAUGAUGAAUCUUCCACUGAAGAUUCUGAAGAAGAAGAAAACCUAUCAGCAAGUUUAUCGGCAGAUGGAAGAGAUAUUGAUGAGGAUUCCAUAGCACCAAACGAUGAUCCACUAUCUGGAAUCACUAUUGAGGCACCUCAAUCAGACUCUUCUGACUCAACCAAUCCACCCGAAACCGCACCCCAAACCAUGACAGAAUUCCAUCCCUUCAGUCGGUUUCCUGCGGAGCUGCAGGAAAUGGUCUUCAAGUUGGCAUUGCCUGUCUCUGAUGCACUUCUCUUGAAGUUUGAGAUCUUCGUUCAGGAGCUUCCUACUAUGAUUCGCCAGAACAAGAAAACAGGAGAGAUUUACUACUCGGAUAAUGAUUUUACGAUCACAACCUCUGCCUGGAGUGAUAAAUCUCCUUCUUUAUUGCCACUUUUACUAGCGUGUAAAGUUUCUAACAAAUCUGUAUCAAGCGGCGGAUAUGAAAGAAUUGCCAUCUCCUUUCCUGACAACAACAAUCGACAGAACAACUAUGUUAUGGAGCAAAAGCCUCACCUGAACAUCGAAUAUCUUACAUUACCACCUCCACAGCGCAAUCAUACUUGGCUACGCCCUGCCAAGGAUACAUUGGUGGUUUAUGCCCAAAAUUUCGUGAUGCUGUAUCAGCAUGGCGGCUCCAUGAGCUUUUCUAAUAUUACACAUCUGGCGGUACACAACUUGGUUGAAAGAGAUCGGCAUAAUGGCAGUAAAGUUAGAGCUCGAAAUCUCUGGAAAUGGGUCUUCAUUAUUGCAGAAAAGCACUGCCCGGCAUUGAAGAAACUCAGUCUCCUUCUCGGUGUCGACUUUGCAGACAAUUACGAUGAUGAUGAAUCCGCUGCUGAAAGUGAUAGACAUCAAAUCAUUGUUGAUGUUGAUGAAAAGUUCCAUCAACUUGACUUUCACGAUGAAUCAUAUGGUCAACGCUCCGUGAAAGGCGGUGAACGAUUUGAUAUCGAAGAGCUGUUUUCAAAAGAAAAGAAUGUUGUUGAGCUGAGGGAGACAUCGACUGUACUAGCAGAGUAUUUGAGUGAGCAUAUGGACGACGAAAAUAAAGCUAAGUAUUGGAAGAAUGUCGAUGUAAUCCCUGGCUUCCGAGCUAGGCCCGAUGACUGCGAAAAUGGAACGGAAAAUACAACGAAGAUAAUGGGUGUGAGCGCCUGGGUACCUCAGGAUGCUAACGGAAAGCUGAUGUGCAGAGCCUAG